AAUCAAUUAACGAAUUGAUGAAUUUUAAUUACACGCCAUUAUAAGUUGCUUUGAGCAAUUGAAAAUGCUAGAAAUAGGUAGAAUGAAGUUUACUGCAACAUCAAAGUUAAUAAAAAUUCCGAUAAGUCAUUUGUUUGCACUUUUAUUUUACAUCGAUAAGUGAAUUCGUGAAUCUAGACGCCGUUGAAUAAAUUAUGUAGGUCAAAUUCAAAAUGGCUGAAUAUUUUCUCUGCCUGACCGCUGGUGGCGGUGUUCCGCUGUUUUAUAGGUCAAAAGAAGAUUCAAAACAACUCUCAUUCCCCAUAAUAGGUUCUCUUAAUGGGGUCCAUAUGUUUGCAAAUACACAUGACGUCGACCUACAAUCUGCUAGCACAGAUAAUACUCACUUAGUAUGGAAAGUCUUUCAUAAUAGUUUAACACUGAUUCUGGUACGUGAAAAAGAAGGUUCACAUGGUACUGUCUUCCUCAAACAGCACAUGGAGCUACUUUUCCAGGCUAUGGUUCUGCUAUAUGGACUAGAGGACCUCAUGAACAUAAAAAACAAUGAACGAUUUAAAAGAGAAAUCAAGGUGUGCUUCAACUUACUGGACAAUUUACUUUACAGGAGUCCUCAUUAUAAUGUUUCUUACAUGGCAGAUAUCACCUUAACAGUAGAUACCAUUCAUGUUCCUGAAAAUGCAAUUUUACAGAAUUACCUUGAAUCCUUUGUGCAAACUGCUGACAGCCCAUAUGGUUGUUUAUUGGUGCUAGGAAAGGUUGCCGUGGCAACUACAAAAUGGUGGGAUUUAACAGCCAAUGAGCUGGUCUUAUUGUCCAUGCUGGUGAAUACCCUACCAAGGUGCUCUAGUCGGGAUAUUCCUGUUUUUCUGCCCCAUGGCAGCCCCAAGGUGCCACACAGAUUGCUCACUUUUCAAUUAGUACAAGGAGUGGAGGUGUGCGUCAUUUGUGGGCCAUCGCCUAGUCUAGCUGAACUUGAAAGAGAGGUUGAGCGAUUUUGGCGUAAUUCUUAUGAUUGUCUCGCAGCUGUAUCGAGAGCCAUCCCACGCAAUUUCCCAUCUACUAUUAACCUAGAUCAAAAUAUUUUAGGAUUUGCUCUUCUAAAUACAGAAACUCACAGAUGCUUAUGUACAGUGCAGCCCUCAACACAGGAAAACACAACACAAGGCAAUAUUCCAAGUACAGCCAAGAGGAAAGCAUUACUGAGGUCAUUCUAUCAAUACACCUGGGAGUCAUUUCUAAAUCAAACAAAUCAGUCAGAACAGGACAAUCAAGGUGCAGAUGCUACAGUUCAAACCCCUACAAACCAUUCCGCAUUAGAUAUCUACCUCUGCUCAACUAGUCAUAAAUGUUACGCUCUGACAAUUAACCACUAUAGUUUAUUUAUUUUAUACUCAACAAACAUUCCCACCUAUGCAUUGAAAUCAGUAAGCAGACAGACAUUUGAUAUAUUAACCAAGGAAAAGAGUAUAAUUUUAUAG